UUUGAACCCAUUGGAGAAGGGGGAAAAAAAUUACCUAAAAAAUGUCAGCUACGGUUCGACAUCCGCCGCCGCUCAACGACCAGCGAAAUGGCGUCCAGAAACACUUGUUUAGCCCUACUCCAAAUUCUAGGAUUGCAGACGACAAUGGGCUCAAUGAUAUACUCGGCGUGACGCAGAUCCUUGAAAACCACGAUAUCCCGUGCUUCUGUGUAGGAAUAUCGGCCCUCAAGUUCUAUGGCGCCGCGAGGGAUCGACGAGAAUGGGAAAUUUGCGUACCCACCGAACUCGUUUCCAAAGCUCACGAGAUCUUCAGCUCACCUCCAUAUUCCACUACAUAUAUCCCUAUUUCUCCAGUCCCCCAUGCCCGAGUAAUGUCGUUUCUACACACCUACAAACGAUACCAGAUCCGAGACCUCCCCCAUAUCUUCGUCAUCGUGCCGUCCCGUGACGUACACCUCGACUGCCGACCCAACAAGAUUGUUCGUAGCCUCAGAGGCCUGCCCUAUCCGAAUCUUGAAGACUUUUUCCAGAGCUGCCUCGACCGCCGCGACGAAGUCGAGCUCACCGAUCUCAUAGACGGCACCAAUGUCACCAACGACUGGGGAGAGUCACACUUGAACCUGAAUGGAUCCCACGACGUCGAGUGGGCGCGCGAGAUGAAGCGCCGCACCGAUGAGUGGGACCCCCAAGUUGAAGGAACAUCGCCGCCCAUUGACUACUGGCCCACGAGGCCUCUGAGCAAGCGAGAAUUUUGGCGGGAACUGGUCAUGACCAAGAUGGAUAGACUGGACUGGUCGCGGCCACCCGAGAUUUUCUUGACGCAGUAUCGUAUUCGUAACUCUUCGGAUCCGUGGACCGUCAUGACGAAUGUCGCUUGAAUCUAUUCGUUCCCCCCCACCCCCGCCUUAAUCAUUGGAUAUACAUAUAUCAUUGCAUUUCCUAAACGCAUAGUCUUGCUGAACGGUUUUGUACCUUUUCUUUUUCCCUUUUGAAUCUACGACUCAACAAGUAGAAUAGCAUUCGCUGAUAUGGUAAUGCUCGUGCAUAUGGAACGGUCACUGCAUCUUGAAUGGCCA